UAUAAUCUCGUUGAAAGUCUGUUUCAGCACACAAACACAUGCCUGCACAUGAUGUAAGUUAAUUUAAAUUUACUGUUCACCUGGCAUAUUUUCCCUGGUAUUUUAAAAAAGUGUUUUCAAUAUAAUUUAACAUUUAUAUAUUCUAAUAUAUUUCUCUUAUAGUGACAUUAUGAGUUUCUGUAGACACGUAGUUUUGAAAAUAAAGCUGCACUCAUGUCUGUGUUUGGGCCAAAUAUUAUGAGGACAGCAAGUGUGAAUGACACAGCGUAAGUUAUAAUUAAAAUGGGUUGUAAUUUAUCAAUGAAAGUCUCAUGCGAUUUCAACCAAAUGUCCCUCACCGGUUGUGGUGACUUCUAUGGCGACGCAAACACUUGCUUGUUGCCAAGGAGAUGCAAUUCCUGACAAACUACGUUUCCUAGAUUUUCAGCGGUGUUUCUUUUUUCUUCGUUUUUUUUAACACUAUAAUUGAAUAAAUUUCGGUAAAUGAAGCGUUUAUUGUUUUUUUCUUUGCCACCGAAGCCAUGUUAGCUGAAGCCCGGGAUCCUGAUCCUUUGGCCUCCGUCGCUCCAUGGAAGCCCCCCAUCGCAGAAAAAGAUAGAAAAGAUCCAGGCAUUCACUCUAGACGACGAGGUUUGAGAUACCAAAGACAAGCUUCUAACCAAAAAAGCUGCUUCUUUGGUGUUGAAACUACACCAAAGUUGGUAUGGGAGGACUGGGACCUGGGAAGAGAGUUCACCAAGACAUUGGUGUUAAAGAAUGUUUAUAGCAAGAUGCAGAAACUGCACAUAAGAUCACCAGUGUCCAAGUUUUUCUCAAUAUCGAUUCCUCAGACAGCUUAUCUCAGUCCAGGCACUUCUCUCUCCAUCCCGGUCAUCUUUAGACCCCUUAAAAGGUGUGAGUAUGAUGACAUUAUUGAAUUUCAAGGUGGUAAAGGCAACUUUCAAAUACGCCUGCAUGCCAUCCCUCCCUGUCCUACCUUGGAGGUGCCUGAAUCUGUGAUGCUCCCUCUCUGUGCUGUUCAGCACUCCUCGCAAACUCAUUUCCAGCUAAAAAAUGUCAGUAAACUCAAGGCAUUCUUUCAAUGGGAUUGUCCUGCACAAUUCCAGCUGUACCCAGAGCAAGGCUUGUUGAAACCAGGCCAGGAGUGUCACAUCACAGUGAUCUUUCGGCCACAAGAGGCUCUGGUCUACCAGCAGCAGGCAUACUGCAGAUUUGGAGAAGAAGGCAACAACCCUGAUAGUUUGUGCGCUGUGCUUCUACAGGGACUAGCUAAAUACCCAUAUCUUCAGUUAAGAAAUUCCAGUGGUAAAGAGGAGGAAGACCAUGGAGAUCCUGUGCUGCACUUUGGGUCUGUGGGAGUUGGCCAGAGUUUAUGUAAACACUUUGAAAUCUUCAACCCUUCUCCUGUAAAUGUGUCUUUUUGUCUGUCAUGUCUUCCUGCUGUAGCCCCUAUGUAUGAAUCAGAGUUCAGCUGUGAUGUCAGUAGGGGUGAGGUGGCACCUGGUGAAUCAUUACAGGUCUUAGUCACAUAUUUUCCUGCUGUGGUAGAUGCUGUCUCUGUUGAAUACUUGACCCUGAAAUAUAGCGGGUCAAUCAGUGAAACCCGACUCAAACUCAUUGGAAAAUGUAUUGGUCCUAAAGUGUCUUUGUCCUCCUCUGUGGUGGACUUUGGAUGUGUUGAAGAAAGAAGAUCAGCAGUAAAAACAGUGGAGCUGUUUAAUUCUUCCCAUGUUGAGGCUAUUUACCAAUGGGAUAUUGACUGUGCCAACAGUGUAUUUAGUAUUCUACCAGCAAAUGGCACUGUACCUGCACAGAGUCACAUCACACUGAGAGCUGUCUAUACACCCACACACCCUAUGGGUCACCAUAGGAGAGUGGCAUGUCUCACAUUGCAUAGGGAGCCAGUGUUUCUGGAUUUGAUUGGUACCUGUCACUCAGAGCUCCAGCAACCAGCCAUUCUGAAACCUGAGCAUCUGGUUCUGUAUAAACUUCACUGGAUUCACAGACAGCACUCAUCAGACUCAGUCAGUGCCUUGCAGCAAGGGCAUGAUGCAAAUGUGGACCAGGAGAGGGAGCACUUGUUUGUGGAAAAGCAGUCAAAUAAAAAAACAUACAGUGGUGCUGCCAUAUCAACUACACCCAUGGAAGAGUUCUACCAAGUCUGCUCAGGAUGUGUGGAUCCUCCCUCUUCAAGUUCUUUAUCUUCAUCUCCACAUGUAUCUAUUGUGCCCAGCGAGCUGCUGUUUAAUCACAAAAUGACAUCUUCUUCAUUUACUUCAUCUGCGUCUCAGUCUGUUUCCAUCACAAACCACACCACAGGAAAACUCAGCCUUAUAUGGACUGUUACCCAAAAGUCUUCAUUCUCCAUCUCUCCCUCAUCAUGUGUCUUGGCCCCUCUAAAAUCCACCUCAUUCCAAGUGACAUAUGUCCCCAAGCAGCUUAAUACCCUGCAUGGAGCACAGCUUGAGUGCUUUGCAUACUACAAGGACAGCCCAGAUAAAAGACAACAGUUGUUGUGCCUGCCGUGGUGUGUGACUGUCAGAGUCAUCGGGCACUCCUUUCAGCUAGGCAAAGAACACUUCACCCCAAUAUGCUCCCUGAAGCCCCAUCAAGUGGUGUUUCCAGCACUGGGUGGCGUUUUCUAUCGGACUGUGCUGCUGAAAAAUAACGGAGACCUUCCCCUCACUUUCUGCCAGGACCAUGGAUCAAACUGUCCCUUAGCAGAAUCCAUGCCCAUACUGCCAAGCUGUGGUGUGGUCCCGCCAGGGAAUCACCAAAUCCUCACUCUCAGAGCAAUUCCCACUGAGGACAGUCCUAAACAAGGGCUCAGUGUAACCCUGCAGCUUAAUGCAGCUAAAUUUACAAAGGAGCUGACAGUUAUCAGUGUGGUGGAAAAGCCUCAUGUGUUUCUUGAAAGUGGCAGCAGUUUAUAUUUCCAUCCAACAGCUGUGGGCUCACAAACCCAGUGCUCCCAUCACAUCAGGAACUUAAGCCGUCUGCCUUUACGGUUUCAGUGGAGCAUUCCAGAGUCAGACCAGGAGCUUAUCUCUGUCAAACCAGAUGCUGGUGAACUGCAUCCCAAUGAGAGCUCAGUCCAGAUCUGGUCCUUCAGUCCUCUGUCAGAGAAAAUGUAUACAAUCAAACCUACGCUCACCUUCUGGCCACUCCAGAGUGAUGAAUCUAACAAGUCUCACCUUACUAUAGAAGUGGUUGGAAUGGGUUCAAAGGGCUUCAUAGAGGCAGAGAAAGCAGUCUUGGAUUUUGGUGAUACUUUAAUUGGAAGCUGUCGGUCAUUUGAGGUUCCUCUAGUGAACAACAGCCCCUGCCCUGUCUCUUUUCAUCUCUCUGUACAGCAGAUGCUUACAGAUACUUGUCCUUCUUAUGACUCCGAAACAGAGCAGAGUGCCCUGCAGCUGGACUUUGAAAGGGGAAACAUUGCCUCACGUUCCACAAUGCUACUCCGAUCUACGUUCAGGCCUUGUAGACAAGCCCAGUACGUCUGGACAUUCAGCUACCAGACUCUAAAUACCAGUGGGUUUGUGUCAUGCCCUCCUCAGGCACUGUGUGAAGUGCGAGCUAAGGCUGUGUUUCCCACUUUACAGGUGAUUGAUGGAUAUAGCUGUGGGAGUGUGGGCAGGGUUAGCAAGGUGCAUUUGUGGAAACUCUUCUCAUUGGAGAGCCUCAAUGAUCACCUGCUGUGUAGCCCUUCACCUACAGAAUUGACAUUUAGAACCCCCACUAAGCACAGCCUGCGCAGUUGUCCAUCCACUUUCACCAAAGCAAUAGUGGAUUUCAACUUCAGUUCAGCUGCUUUAAAUUCAGACCCGACACAUUUUCUGUUGAUGCUUCACAACCCUGGUUCUGUCCCAGUAGACUGGGCAUUCUUAUUUCCAGAAGACCAACAGAUAGAGCUGGAGUACUGGUCAGUGACUGGAGAGUUCAGCAGCAAUGAAUUAUGCCAGAUGAAGGUUCAAGACAAUCAACUGUUCAGAGUUUCCCCUCGUUCUGGAACUUUGCUCCCUGGCCAGAAGAGGGCAGUAAAUUUCAGCUACAGUCAUGACUUUGUUGGAACAGAUCGACUUCCUGUCGUGUUGAAACUCUCUCAUGGCAGAGAGAUCUUGCUAAACUUUCAAGGGAUGACAGCGGAGAAAGAAAAAACACAUCUUCACUUUGCUUCCACACAACACGUCUUCACCUCUGUAGCUAUCGGGGACUGCAGUCCUCCGAGGCAGAUUUAUGAACUGCACAGUGGUGGGGGAGUACCAGUCCAUUAUGAAGUGGAUACAGCUGCUUUGGAACAGCUUCAGGUGGACAACUUUAACCAUCCAGUGUUGCGGUGUCUCAAUCCAAAAGGAGAAAUCCUUCCUGGGAAGACCGCUCUGCUGGAAUGGAUCUUCUCUCCACUGGAGGCUAAGAUGUACCAUAUGGAUGUUCCUAUCAACAUCCAGGAUAGUGAACCAACACUGUUGAGGUUUGAUGGAUGUGGACUUGAUUCUCCAACACUGGGCUCCUCAAAGAUUUAUGCAAGUAAUAGUAAGACCACUGUACACUGUGUCCAGAAGGUGCCCUUCCCAGGACAGCUGUUAUUCCUGUCUGAGGACAGCAUCUUUCUAGGCAAUAUUCCUGUUUGCUCACCAUCUUCAAGAAUACUCUUCCUCACCAAUGUGUCCCACACAGACACUGUUCAGUAUCUAUGGGAGCUGCCACAGCAUGGCUACCAGCAGGUGGUGCAGAUUUAUCCAGAACAAGGCCGUCUUCAUCCAGGGGAAUGUGACCUCUGUGUCCUCACCUUCACUCCUUCUGAUUAUCCCACCAUUUAUCAGCUUGAUCUGGUCUGCCAGGUUACUGCAGAGGCUGCACUUGCUCGUUAUCACAAAGCUUUGCAUCACUGGGAAGAAGAGAAACAAAAACAGCAAGAUGAAUUCACAAUCACAGACAAAAAGCUUCCAGAGAGACGUGUUUUUAUUGAUAAGCAGCCUGUAGCAGCUCCUGCAAGGAAGGGGCCACCACUCAGAAAAUACAAGACUCUUCCUCCUAUCUGUAGCAGCAGUAGUUCUGAAACAGUUGGGAGUUUAUAUACCAGACAAACGAGAACUGAGCAGCAAUUGCAGCGAGAAAAAGCAAAAGAAUGGAGGCGACCUGAAGCCCCCCAACCUGCCCUGCUACACCUGAACAUUACAGCACACUCCUAUGGGCUUCUGGAGUACCUCACCCACUUUCCUGAUCAAUACAAUAAGCUUCUAAGGAACCUUCCACUAAACAGGACUCAGCAAUGUCUAAGAAAUUCAGCAAGCACAUCCCUCUCUGCUGGGCCAUCCGUAUCAAUACAUAACUCUGAGAGAGACAUUCUCCAGAACACAAUAACUCCUCUGCUAAGGGACAUACUUGAUGAUUCAGCCUUCAUCAAGUCUCUGACUUUAUGUUACAAGCCUGCUAUCUACAGGCCUACACAAAUUUCCUCCACCAACAGCCGCAAUAUUCCAACCCCACCUUGUUCCCCCACACAACCCAUUUCUUGUUCUACUUCUACACCUCAACCUAACGGGAUAGUGGAGAGGAAGGAGGCUGCAGGAUGUUCAGAAAACAAACCUAGAAUGCAGACCACACUAAAGUCCAAACAUGCACCUGCUGAUGUUUGUCAGGUUAUUUUGAUGAACACCUUCCAAAACCUGAUGAUGGAAGCUGUCCGAGGAGAGCUUGUCCUCACAGCCCACCCACACACCGUUACCCCGCCCCCACUUGCAGUAAGAAGCAGACAGAUGUCCAGGGCUGUGACUGAUGAGGACCAGCAGACACUCAAGUCUCAUAAUCCACCCAAAUGACCCAGAGGUCUGGCAUUUACAAUACUUUGAUUACAAUCCAGUUGUAUUUUCCAACAUGACACAUGUAUCCCACCUAGACUUCCAUCAUUUUCACCUCCAUCCCACCAGUUUUCUCAUGUUGCUCUCUUUCUUUUCCAUCUUCCAUCUCAUACAUUUGUGAAUAAAGACAUUUCAGCCUA